GUGUUAUGACAGCACGGCAUCAUGAGUUUAGUACAGUAUAAAUUAUAAUUUAAAAGCAGUGGAUUUACUAGAUAAUUAUAUUAUCUGGAAAAUCAACCAUUCCGAUAAUGAAGACGAUUGAUUGUGGAGUUAUUCUGUGGCCUUCGUUGUCGCAAUCGGACGAGGAAAGGGAAGAUACUAGGCACAGGCAGCGGUUCAUGGCAGCCGUCGGGAGAAUCAUUGAUCGUUCGGAAAUGCUUGAUGUGACAUUUGUCUGCAAGGACCUGCGCGAGGUGCGUGCAAACCGAACGUUGACAGCUAGUGGGAGCGAGUACUUUUUUAAGUUGCUUUACGGGAAUAUGAAAGAGAGGUUUACGGACAGGAUAGCUCUUCCUGACGUCUGGGCCGGCAGUCUUCAGGUUGUGGUGGACUAUCUGCAUGGUUGUCCGUUUCGGUGGAAUGACGAUAGUUGUUGGGAGAGCAUGGUCGACACCUACCUUUUGGCAGAACGAUGCGGGGUAAGCGGGUUGUGCCAGAGGAUCUUACUGUUGGUAGCCCGGUUUGGAUAUGCGCGGGAGCUUGGAGACCUGCUGAAUGCAGCUGUCGUACAGCAGGCGCAAGACGUGCUAAGGGCUGCGGUGAAGGCGCUAAACAAUGUGGUGGUAUUCGACUCGUCAUCGUUUGUGGGGUGGGCUAAAGAGAGCAUAAAGUUCUGUCUAGAGAACGUGCAAUUCCAUCCGAGCGUGACGGAGAUGGUUCUCGCCGAGGCAGUGCUCUCAGCCGCAGCACCGAGCGCCGUACAUAACGUUGAGGAAGACGAGUGUCGGAGCUCGUUGCCAGCCGACGACUCCACCGACAAAAUCGUCAACAAUCUCCACGAAGACGUGAGGGAGAUUCUAACAAGUCACAUCAACCUCGUUUUCGUCAAGCCAACGUUCAUUACGACACGAAUAGAGGGCCUAAAGAUCUUGCCGCCAGACUUGCUCGCUGCUAUAUACCGAGCGCAGGCCCUUUACUUAUCCAGAGGAACGCAGCUGUCUGGUUCUUUAUUCACGAUGCCGUGGCGUUCCCUGCUUCUAGAGCUGCCCUUGGUACCGUUGAAAACGGACGAGCACAAGGUCCGCAACUUCUACCUCGAGUUUCCUAUUCCAUCUGUCUGGUCCUCUGACACCAAAGCCAAAAACUUUGCAGCUUUUGAGGAUGCGCCUCAGCGAGUCAGGUGUGUGUGUAACGGACCAGGGCCGAAUCCUAUUCAGCCUCAGGUGGUCCGAAUGCGGAUGCGUCUUCCUCCCGGAAAACAUGUAUGGAGGGUCCACAUGGUCAAGCAAUGCGAGUGUUUUGCUGUUGGCAUUGCGGCCGCCGGCGACAAACUCGCUGGCGAUUACCACUGGAUGAUCUCUUCUUUAUGUGACCCAACGGUAUUGCGACCUUGGAACAUUCGUCCCAAUUUCGUCAAGGAUGCGGGGUUUGAGAAGUUUCAUAGAGCGGGCUCGUCGGUGAUCGUCAUAUUCGAUAACGAUAUGAAGGUGCUAACAUUUGCCAAUGAUUGGGAGUCGUACGUCAGUUAUAAAGGAGAGUAUCCGAUUGCCUUUAGUAAUCUCCCGCAGAGUAGUGCUCUGUACCCGGCCUUGUUAAUGUCCAACCCUGCGUGCGGCGAUAUAGAAUGGAUUGAGAGCUCACCUCGUCCAGGUUUCGUGCGGCGCUGAUCCUAUAUUAAGCUUUCAUAGAUGUCACACUUGGACCCUGCGCUAUGGUCAGGAGCAAAGAAAAUACUAGUAGUAGCACGAGUAGUAAAAUACUAGUAGUAGC